AUGUCCGGCCGCAAACUUGGAGGCGGCCGAGUUCUCGGCAGCGGCCGGGGUCUUGCGCCUCCAGCGCCAGCCCAUCACCCGCGCGCUGUGAGCCCGUUUGCGCCGUCCGACAGUAGCACCGUCUCGGCACACUCGCGCAACUCGACGCCCGUGUCGCUGUCUCCUGCGUCGUCGAGUCCGCUACCAGACUAUGCGCAGGACCUGGUGUCGAAUGUGGUUACGGGGAAUAGUGUGCCGACUAAUGGGUCGGGGUCGGGGGUAAGAACCAGGUUGGCGUGUCCUAUUUGUGAGGAGGAGAUGGUUACGCUUUUACAACUAAAUCGCCAUCUUGAUGACGCCCAUCAAGAGCUACCCGAAGCCGAACAGGUAGAGGUCAAGUCAUGGUUCGACAAGCAAGUCCUCAAAGCGAAGCGCUUCCAACCCCUCUCAAUCAUCAACCAGAAGCUCCGCGGCCUCGAAGUUUUCGAAUCGAACGAAUCGAACCCAGUCGCCGUGCACACGACGCCCGGUCGCCCGCUCGAAGUCGUCGACCCUGAAGAACUCGUCACCCGCAAGCACUGGCAGCGCCCGACUGGCCACGACACCUGCACCGAUCCGCUAUGUGACCGCAAGCUGGGUCCCCUGAGCGGCAUGGUCAACUGUCGCAAGUGCGGCCGGUUAUUUUGUGAGGAGCAUACCAUGUACCAGAUGAAGCUCUCGCGGUCGGCGAAUCAUGAGCCCGUGCGAGCGAUACGCACGAAGAAGGUUGAUCGUCAGAGGCUGGAAGUGCAGCGGCUGGAGAAGAGGUUGACGAAGUUGACAAAGUUAAUUGCUGAGGCUGCCCCUCUUGAUUCGAAUGGGAAUGCUGGACUUCUUGCGCCGCUGGCCAGACAGAGGAGUCAGCGCAAGAUGUUGGAACAGUCGGUCGUGACGUGGGAGGAUGAUGCUGCUGCGCCGAGGUGUCCGUUUUGCAAGCAGGAAUUUCGCCCGUUGACGUUCAGGAGGCACCAUUGCAGGAUAUGCGGGCGCGUGGUUUGCGCCGAUCCUCAGACAGGGUGCUCGACGGAGGUUGGGCUGAAUGUUUCCAAACAAUCUAUAGCCCAGAGCCCACCAGACCAGCGGGCUUACGAAACACUACGACAGUUUGAGCACGGCAUCCGCUCGCUCAUACCAACCUACCAUAGAGCCUUACAAGCCUUACAACCGUCCAGUCAUGGCAAAGGAGAUUGGAGCUACAAGCCGCCUGCCUCACAAGCCCAGAUUCAGGAAGCAGCGCGCCUGCGCAAGCGCCUUACCGACGCUUUUGCCAAGUAUGACCUGGCCGCGAAACGCAUACGGAACUUGAAGACGGACAGCCCGACGCAGCAGCGGUUACAGCGCGCCAUAUACGCUUAUGCGUCGUCAUUUUUGCAUGAAAAUUUGCUGCCGCUAAAGAGCGUACCUACGAUACUGAGAACUCAACCGCCGAAUCACAGAAGGUUAACAUCUGGCGCGAACGGGACCGCGCACACUGCGUCGCCACUAAACAAUGGAGAGUCGGUUAGCUCAAACACAGAGACUGCAAGCAUCGGAGGAGUGAGCGAAGUCAGUAGCAGCACGGUUGCCGCGACGCUGGAGCACGAGGAGAAGGAGGCAAGGGAGAAGCUUGUUAUUUUGGAAGAGCAGCGGUUUAUGGUGCAGGAAAUGCUCAGCAAUGCCAGACAGGCAAGGCGUUUUGAAGAGGUCAGCGCGCUGGUGAGGAACUUGGAAGAGUUGGAUGCUGAAAUUGAAGCGGCUAAGAGAGUCGUCUCGGGCAUUGAAGAGAAAUGGGAAGGGUUGUAUCAAGGGUUUGGAUCAUAA